AUGUUGCUCGAAGCUGGCGCAGAUCCGAACGCUACCACCGCUGCAGGAGGUUCGACUGCUGCUCAUUUGGCGGCAGGCGUUGGAAACCCGUUCCUUCUGCAUGUUCUCUCCCUCUAUGGAGGCAAUCUUAACAUUCCCGAUGCUAAGGUAAGCUGUUGAAUGCAACUUAGGCGAUCCCCUUUUUACGCCUUCUGAAGCCUCUUUUAGUUUAAGACUGAUUUCAGAGUGAAUUCAAACGGGCCAAUCCGGUUUUAGCUGUGGAGGCAAUUUUUUGGAGCCAGGACGAGUUACAGUAUCAUCGCCUUAGGCGAGUGUAGUAGAGUUGGGUGUCGACUGUUAAGGCCUUACGUAGGCGUAGGUAAAAUUCCCUGCCACUAAGAAACCGUAGUUAGUGCGCUUUUUCUAAGCUAAAAAUUUGCCGUAAAGGUAAUCAGUGUGUCAUACCACCUCGCGGGUGCUUAUCCCUCAGACUCGCUCGCUCUUCUCGCUGCUAAUAAAACGAGAGAUUUUAAAUUUUUAUUCUUGAGUUGUUUGUCGCCGCUAGCCGGGUAGACGAGUGCCACUUUCGCGUGGCACGCACUAUUUCCGACCGUGACUGACAUGCGGUGAUCCCAGGCCCCAACCGGUAGAUUGGCCGACUGGACCUCGAUAGCAAAUAAGCCAGAAAUGGCCAUCCCAGUCUCUCUCAUCUUUGUUGCCUAGGCAAGAUAAUCGUGAGGCAUCAAAUUGACUCAUUAGGCUUAUGAGUGAAUACGGUACAGGCAUAUGGGUCGAUCACACUUAGCAAGCCUUCAGUAACCUACUGCGAACUUAGACCUUCUCUGCGAUUACGGGAUCGAGAAUUGAGUUAAGGUCUCACUUUCUCUGUGUCAUAUGCGGCCAGUUUGGCAGCCUACUGAUUAUAAUCUUCUUUUUUUAAUUGCCCAUCGGUUUUUCCUGUCCUUGCGAGUUUUCCUAUUUCCACUUUAAAUUUGCGCAGAGACUGGUUCUGUCGGGGAGGCCACCACCCCUGUAAAGUUACGACCAAUUAUUACCUAUCCUUCAUCACCUACUUAAACAUUGUUAGUAACCGCUUUAAUUUACACUAGGGUAGAGUGCCCAUCCAUUCGGCGGCUGAGAAUGGCAACGCGCACGCUCUUGUCUGGCUGCUGGACGUCGAGAAAGUCUGCACCCUAGACGUAAAAGACAACUUCGGACUCACCCCACUUCACCUCGCCUGUUUACAGGGCGACCGAAUCAUCCUUGAGUGUCUUCUGGCGUCCCUUCAUCACUCUCGUCCGUUGGCACCAACCGCCAGUGUUGAGGUCCCCAUCGCCAACCCUAUACUAUGUCAGGACAAUAUGGGCAACACCUGUCUGAAUGCUGCUUUCGCCGAACAUGUAGGAAGAUCUUUAUUUUUUUGUCCAUUAUUUUGUUCAUUCGGUAGAAAAUGAUGUCUUCCAAUUUGAUAUUCGCAGGAAGGGUAUAAUUCGGUUUUCAAGAACUUUUCCAAUUCCCGAAUAAUUUUAAACCCGACCUGCCGUUACACAUGCAUUCAGGAUUUCCAAACUACAAGCCGUGUAUUUUCCGCUUACGAAAACCAUACAUUUCUCUAUGGUACAAAGAGGGGACUACAUGGGAUUCAUAAAAUUAAGCAGUUGGCUUGAGCUAUAUUGUUAACUUAACAAGCUGCAUUGGUAAAUGCGGAGACAUGACGUUUUAUGAACGGCCAUUUCACGGUAUAAAAAAAUCUCACAAUUAUAAAAUUUUUAGAACCCGACUAUACCCUUCCUUCGAGUAUAAAAUUGGAAGAAGACGUCAUUUUCCACCGAACGAGCAGGAGAAUGAAUAUUUUUAUGCAUGUUUUUCAUGAAACAUAAUUGAAUUUUUAAGGGCAUCGAAACUCAAUGAGAAAAGUGCAUGUUACUUAAGUAGCAAUUUUUUACAGAGUGUAGUUUUUUGCAUGCGGCCGGAAAGGAAUUUGUUCGCAAGCCGGCAUCCUGAGGUAAUUGAUUUAUUAUAGGAUUACGCUGCACGAUGACUAAUUUUACAUCCCUACUUAAAUCUUUUCGAAACGGAAAUGCAUUUCGGCAUUUCGAUUGACAUUUCCUGAGUUAGCCCUACUGUAUAUGGAAUGCGGACGUGUUGUCCUUGAUAACUCUUAUUGACUGAAGCGUUAUCUCAAUCCCCCUUAAUGGCAAUAUCGCCAAUUAGUCCCCCCUUAUAGUGUGACUGAUUAGAAAUAAGCAAGUUCGGCUUUGGUGCAGAAGGAGUACUUGGAGCAGUUUAAUUUCCUACCAAAACCCAUCAUGCUACUGAUAAGUGAUCUUGACUCGUUUCACCCUCCAGGUUUGUUUUCUUUCAAAGAGCCCAAGCAGCUUGUCGGAAUCGCCUUCAACAUCAGCUGUCUACUUGACUGUUCAUAGAAUGACGUCGUUUGCUACUGUGGAGACCGGCAGCCUUUUAAUCUCAUCUCGAAGUAGUCUACUGGGUUAUUAAAGAUACGAGCAUUGAAGUCGUAUUGUUUGUACUUGGGCCACCUAUCUUUUCACUAUAGGUAGGAAGGCACCAAGAGUCAUUAAAUGUAGACUGAAGUCCUUAAACAGGGCGUAAAAUGGUUCUCGGCCCUAGAUGCAAUUUUUCGGGCAGUCUACAGAAACUACAUUCGGUAAAAAAAUGUUACUUAAGUAGUGCGCAUCUGUUCCAUUGACAUUCGGCAUCCUUGUAAACUCAAACAUACUUUGCAAAAAUCGCACAAAAUGUCCUUUCCUCUUAAAAGGUAGUCAAAUUUUGUAUUCCAAAGAAAGAACAUCUUCCAGUUUUUAAAAACCUUUUAAUUCCUGAAUAAUUUUGAAUCCGACCUGCCGUCGCCCUUCCGUUUAGGCCUUUUUAACCACAAACUGUACACUUUCCGCGCAAAGGCAAUCAUACAGUCUUAUAAGUUAUUGAUUAGGUACCAUAAAGGGUUCAUAUAAUUCUGUAACGGAUGCAGCUUAUGUUGUAUACUUCAUAAAGAGCAUUAAUAAACGAACAGAUACGAUGGUAUUCGAAUGGGCAUUUCACGGUUUUAAAAAAUUCUAUAACUGCGAACUCUGAAACUAAAAGAUACCUUUUCUUUGAGUAUAAAAUUUGAAGGCUCAAUUGGUUACCAGAUGGAUAAAAGAAUAGAUAUCUUGUAUUUCCUCUCUAUUAAAUGUAUUUGAAUUUAUAUGGGUCAAAAAAUAAAACGGGCGAAAUCGACAGUUCGACCGUCGUUGCCGGCGAUGUUCACCGUGUGCUCCACUGAACGGUGGAACAGACAGAACACAGUGACUCGCGCGGACAAAAUCACACUACCUAAUUUUUCAUUCUUGCUGAGUGUGAUUUUUGCAGGCUGCCAGAAAGAAACACGUUCAGUAGUCGGUAUCUUGGCGGGCUGGCUUAUGCACAUACGUAAUUUAGAAAUGGAACGAGCAAAACAUCGGCACUUUCAGCAAAAUAUCAGUCUUUAUAUGGGCGCUCCGCAGUGCAUUCAUAAUCGUAGAACAGGGCCUAAAAGUGAGCAAAGAUGGCAAAAUGGGCUCAGUUUAAGGAUAAAGGCAUGUUCUCACAUUUGCGAUGGAAAAAUGCCAGUAUUUCUUUUUAGCAACAUGAAAGAAAUGGCCAAAAGGGUCAAAUUUUUCCUUGGUAUCACUGCGUAAGAAUGUAAAGUGCACAGACAUCCGUCAAUGGAAUACAAUAUUAAAGGACUCCUUAAGGAGGGAAAUUAUUAGAGACAGUUUUCUAACUUAUCGAAGUCAUAUUCGUUGUUGAAUUUUGUCGUGGGUGUUCAUUUUAUUUGGUGAUAAGGUCUCCUGUUUGAAUGAGUCUUUAAAUGUGACAUAAGCGACCUUCUAAAUGAGACAGAACACCUAAAUGCUCACUCUUUCGGUAAAUGCCUUAAGACAUAUCUUAUUCUACAGGUUUUAAUAACGAAAUAAAACAAAAUCUACCUUAAUGGGAAAGCGAUUGACGACACUGAGAGCCAUGAAGUAUUCAGCGAUCUCAGACUCAACGUAAUGCAGAACAAAUGAAAAGUGCAAAUUGAUAUCACGGAAGAGAAGUUCUCGUUAUAUGCGCAAAAUUAUAUGUUAACUAUUACACCUAUCAAUUCUAUUUAAAUCGAUUUGUCACUGACCCGCCUGGCAAUACGUGGCCUUAUGAAAACGCUUGUUCCUAUGACGUUCUUAUCGUCAAGAUCAAGCAAAAUCCUGUUUGUCUUAUUGUACCGCAUCUCAAUCAAUUCACAAGCGUAAAGAAUACCACGAAUCCUCCGGAAACCGUCUUGGAGUCUAUACUAACAACAGAGGCUGCUGGCAAACCGCCAUACCUGAAAUAGCACUACAGUGAGGGACCGAUCUCAUGAAAUGUUGACUGAAAUUCUGAAAUGCGUUUUCGAUUAGAAAGGAUUGCUUGGACGCGGUUGUAAUACUGAUUACCUUACGGCAUAAUCCUAUAAUGAUUUGGACUCGACAGGAUGUGAACUUCUGAAUGCACUGUUUUUCGAAUUCCUGUAGAAACCGUACUCGGCAAGAAAUGACUACUUAAGUAGCAUGCAUUUUCCCAUUUAUUUCUGAUGGUUUUGCAAAUUCAAAUAUAUUUUAUAGAAACCACGAACAAAAUAGGCGUUCUUUCAGUCGUUUGAUAGAGAAUUAUGUCACCUUUAUGUUUUAUACUCGAAGAAGGAGAACAAUUAGGUUUUAGAAAAGUUGUCUGAUUCCCGAAUAAUUUGGAGUCUGAUCAGUCGUUGCCUUAGCGCUUAGUGAUUUCACUUUACAAGGUGCAUGCGUUCCGCGUAAAGAAAAUCACAUAUUCUUCCGUGCCCUUAAAAACAUACCAUAUGCAGUCCAUCAAAUUUUGCAAUGGACGCGGAUUAUUUUGUACAUUUCAUGAGGAGCAGUGGUAAACGGACAGGUAAGACGACAUAUGAAUAGACAUUGCGUGGUCUUAGAAAAUUUCACAAUUAGAAACUUUUAAAACCUUAUUAUACUCCUUCGAACAUAAAAUAUAAAGAUGAUAUAAUUGUCUAUCAAACGACUGAAGGAAAGCCUAUUCUUAUUUAUGGUUUGUCUAAGAUAUAUUUGAAUUUGCAAGACCGCCAAAAAUUAAUAGGCAAAAUGUGUGCGAGUACGGUUUCUACAGGGUUUGAAAAGUAGUGUAUUCAAAAGCUGACACCCUGUCAAGUCUGAAAUAUUAUAGGAUUAUGCCGCAAAAUAAUCAGUAUAACAACGGCGCCUAAAUAAUACUUCCUAAUUGAAAAAGCAUUUCAGAAUUUCGGUUGAAAUUUCAUGACAUAGGUCACCUGCGGUAUUAAUAACGAAAAUCUGAGUUCCGACGCCCAUCCUUUUAACCUGUGGGGGGGGGGGGGUUGUUACAUUCGUAGGGUUUUUUCAACUGUUCCAGUGUUGCCUUAGCUUGCCGUCGUCUCGAUUGUUGAUCCGUUCGUCCAAGACUCACGUAAAACAUCUGAUGCUCGCAUGCUCGAGGUUAGCAAGUUCAGUAAAAAAUCGAGCCAAUCGUUAUUUUGGAAGAACACGGACAAACAUCUAUUCACUCCGAAUGACCAGUUUUCAUGCUGUCUUGUAUUUUGAAACUUAGCAAUACAUCGUCUCCCGUAAUUUUUAGGGUUACAUGUCACGCAACCGAGCACAGCGCAAAGCAGUAGGUCGCGCCAUCUUUUGGAGUCUUCUUUCGAACUCACCCGAAGAUGCUGCUUCGCUGCUGACCUCGGGUAACCAGCUGGGUCAUCGACCGCUCGAGUCUUUUAUCUCCUCGGCCCACGCCAACCAAUGGGCCUUCCACGGACUCCUUCUGUUCUCAACCCUUGUACUGCCUCUUCUGCGCCCACGUACCAUCGCGACCGCACUGACCGGGUUCCAACGUCUUCUGAUCGGCCUUCAGUUUUUUGCCCCCCUGCUUCUCGCAGUGCUUGCCUGUCUGGGACAAUGGGCCACGGCGUCAGUUCUACCCGUUUACGCCACUGCCAGCCUCCUUGCCGUCCUCGUGACCCAGCAACAACAUCGCACUUGUGACGGCACCGAGCAGCAGAACCCCCUGCUCGCUGGUCUAUUCUUCUCUGGAGCCGUCUGCGUCAGCGUCUACGACCUUCUGCGCUUUCAGCCGAGUCUAGAAGGUACGCUUGGUUGGGUUCGUUUUCUGCCCGGCUGCCUCGGUUAUCCUCUCUGGUUCAUAACUUUUGGGGCCUUGUGUAUGACCGAUCCAGGCCGCCUGUUGCCUCAAAACGCCUUUCGGACGGGGUUCGCCCGCCUGGUGGAGUCAUCCACCGUCCCGUUUCUACAGGACGUGAAGAACCUCAUGGUCAACCCCACGCUGCCCAAUAAACUGCCUGAACUGCCCAACUACUCAGAGACAUACUGUCCUUCCUGUGAUGUUCUUCUCCCUUCAGUGGACAUCUACGUGAAACAUUGCAAGUUGUGUAAGCGUUGUUACGUCGGUCAUGACCACCACUGCCUCUUCCUUUACAACUGUGUGGCUGGCAGAAAUGUUAGACUUUUCCUCUUGUUCCUCUUUCUCACUGCCCUGAGUGCUCUCGUUUUCUCCGCGACUGCUCUCAUCUACGCCUGUCACCGCUGUGGACGCGAUAAGACGGUGGGAGAAAAUUAUCCGGGAGUCUACAGAGCCUAUAUGCUCGCGUCUUGUGCCUUGCACACCCUGCCCUGCCUCUCUGUCCUUCUCUUAGCCAAUCUUACGGUCGGAGUUUGGCUGGUUGUCCUCAUUAGACGCCAACUCCUUCAAUUUAAACACCAACACUCCGCGCUAAUUGGUCGGUUUGGGCUUUGGCGUGUUUUGUUGGGCCUACAACGGUCGCAAGUCUGA